CGUUGGGUUGGCAGCAGCCCGGUUCCUGUCAGCGGCGGCGGGUGGCGGUGCCCGGUCCCGACGGCGAGCGCAGCCCCCGGCCUGGCCCGACCCGGCCCGAUUCGCGGCUCCGACGUGCGGAGCGCCGCGCUCUCGCCUGCCGGUGUCUCCCCUCCCCACCCCGGGGCGGCGGAGGCUGCACCCCCCCCCUCCCGGCCCGGCCCCCUCCUCCCGCCGCCCCCCUCGCCCCUGCCGGGCCGCGGAGCUGCGAUGCCCUCGGACUUCAUCUCUCUGCUCAGCGCCGACCUCGACCUCGAGUCCCCCAAGUCCCUCUACUCCAAGGAAUCUGUCUAUGACCUUCUCCCAAAGGAGCUGCAGUUACCACCUUCCAGAGAAACAUCUGUAGCAUCCAUGAGCCAAACAAGUGGUGGCGAGGCAGGUUCGCCGCCUCCAGCUGUAGUUGCUGCUGAUGCUUCUUCAGCUCCUUCCUCUUCCUCCAUGGGCGGUGCUUGCAGCUCCUUUACCACCUCUUCCAGUCCUACCAUUUACUCUACCUCAGUCACCGACAGCAAGGCUAUGCAAGUGGAGAGCUGCUCCUCAGCCGUGGGGGUAAGUACCCGAGGGGUAAGUGACAAGCAGUUAACCAGUAACACAGCCCAGCAGCAGCAGUCAACGCCGAAGAGACACACAGUCCUGUACAUCUCGCCACCACCCGAGGACUUGCUGGACAACAGUCGGAUGUCCUGCCAGGAUGAGGGCUGUGGAUUGGAGUCAGAGCAGAGCUGCAGUAUGUGGAUGGAGGAAUCACCCUCCAACUUCAGUAACAUGAGUACCAGUUCCUACAAUGAUAACACUGAGGUGCCACGUAAAUCACGCAAACGCAACCCAAAGCAGAGGCCAGGGAUCAAACGCCGAGAUUGUGAAGAGUCCAACAUGGAUAUCUUUGAUGCCGACAGUGCCAAAGCGCCUCACUAUGUCCUUUCUCAGCUCAGCACGGACAGCAAAGGCAACUCAAAAGCAGGAAAUGGAGCGUCAGAGAACCAGAAAGGAUCUGGAGGGAAGAAGACCCCAAUGUUAUGUGGUCAGUAUCCAACUAAGAGUGAGGGGAAGGAGCUGAAGAUAGUGGCCCAGCCAGAAACCCAGCACAGGGCUCGUUACCUGACUGAGGGCAGCCGGGGCUCAGUGAAGGACCGGACACAGCAAGGCUUUCCCACUGUGAAGCUGGAAGGUCACAACGAGCCCGUGGUGCUCCAGGUGUUUGUGGGUAACGACUCCGGGCGGGUGAAGCCCCACGGGUUCUAUCAGGCCUGCAGAGUUACUGGGAGGAACACCACUCCCUGCAAAGAGGUGGAUAUAGAGGGGACCACGGUUAUUGAGGUGGGCCUGGACCCCAGCAACAACAUGACACUUGCGGUUGAUUGUGUGGGAAUCCUGAAGCUGAGAAAUGCAGAUGUGGAAGCUAGGAUAGGGAUUGCUGGUUCCAAGAAGAAAAGCACACGAGCCAGGCUGGUGUUCCGUGUUAACAUCACUCGUAAAGAUGGUUCAACUUUGACUCUUCAGACUCCUUCCUCCCCAAUAUUGUGCACUCAACCAGCAGGAGUUCCAGAGAUCCUAAAGAAAAGUCUGCACAGUUGUUCAGUGAAGGGUGAAGAGGAAGUUUUUCUGAUUGGCAAGAACUUUCUGAAGGGAACAAAAGUGAUUUUCCAAGAGAAUGUUUCUGAUGAGAAUUCUUGGAAGGCAGAAGCUGAAAUAGACAUGGAAUUAUUUCAUCAGAAUCACCUUAUUGUGAAGGUGCCACCAUAUCAUGACCAGCAAAUAACCUCAGCUGUUUCUGUGGGAAUAUACGUGGUGACCAAUGCUGGAAGAUCUCAUGAUGUGCAGCCAUUUACCUACACUCCAGAUCCAUCUGGUACUCUGAAUAUUAAUGUGAAGAAGGAAAUUUCCAGCCCAGCCCAACAUUGUUCUUUUGAAGAGGCUAUAAAAGCAGUGAAGGCCACUGGUUGUAACCUGGAGAAGGUGAACAUUCUUCCUAGUGCCUUGAUAACUCCACUCAUCCCAAGCAGUAUGAUUAAGAAUGAAGAUGUGGCUCCCAUGGAAGUAAGUGCAGAAAAAAGAUCUCCCCCUGUCUUCAAGGCUUCAAAUGUGGUUGGACCAACUCAGCAAACAUUGGAGAACAGUAUGUCUGGCAUAUCAACUUCUGCUUCCCAUUUACCUUCUGAAAAUGAGAGCCAGCAACAAAUACAGCCCAAGGUGUAUAAUCCAGAGACACUAACUACUAUCCAAACACAGGACAUUUCCCAGUCUGGUAGCUUUUCUGGGGUCUCUACUCCAGGUCAGCUGCAGAACAGUGAUGCAUUAUUGCAGCAAGCUGCACAGUUCCAAACAAGGGAUUCCCAAAGCAGGGAAGUCUUGCAGUCAGAUGGCACAGUGGUGACUUUGUCACAGCUAACUGAUGCAUCACAACAACAGCAGCCUACGCUCUCGGAACCAGCACAGGCAUUGCAGCAACAGAUUUCAUCAAGUAUUUUCUCCUCAGCAAGUGGUGUCAGUCAGCUACAGAACACUAUACAGCAGCUGCAGGCUGGAAAUUUUGCAACUAACACUGCCACUGGCAGCAACCGAAACGUUGACUUGGUGCAGCAGGUGCUGGAAGCUCAGCAGCAGUUAUCCUCGGUUUUGUUUUCUGGCUCAGACAGCAGUGAGGAUGUUCAAGAUCAGCUAAAUGCAGACAUCUUUCAGCAAGUUAGUCAGAUCCAAAAUACUGUCAGUUCUGGGAUAUUUUCCUCCUCAGACACAGCUGUCCAUUCCAGACCAGACAACCUCCUGCCUGGCCGAGCUGAAAAUGUUCACUCGCAGCCUGAAAACGCUUUGUCCAACCAACAGCAGCAGCAGCAGCAGCAGCAGCAGCAAGCAAUGGAGACUUCUGCAGCAAUGGUGAUAGGAAUCCAACAAAACAUCUGCCAAGCUGCAACACAGAUGCAGUCUGAUUUGUUCUCUUCAACAACUUCAGGGAAUGGAGCUCUCCAGCAGUCCCCUGUUUACCAGCAGGCUUCUCACAUCAUGAGUGGGUUAUCAACAAAUGAAGACAUGCAGAUGCAGUGUGAGUUGUUCUCUUCAUCUCCUGGUGUUUCUGGAAAUGAGACUGCUGCUGCUGCUCAGCAGCAGGUCUCCAACAACGGACCUACUAUUUUUCAGGCAUCAAGUUCUGCAGAUGGAGAAGAAGCUUCAGGUCAGAGUAAACAGAUGCAGAGUACUGUGUUUCAGACCAUGGUGCAGAUGCAGCAUAGUGGGGAAAGUCAAUCACAGGUUAAUCUCUUUUCUUCUACCAGUGGAACUCAACAACAAGGAGCUGGGCUGUUCCAGCAAGGUGGAGAAAUCAUGUCUAUUCAGUCGGGAAGCUUUAUGCAGCAAUCUCAGCAUUCACAAGCUCAGCUUUUCCACUCUCAGAAUCCUAUUGGUGAUGCUCAAAAUAUAUCACAGGAAGCACAAGGGUCGAUUUUUCACAGUCCAAAUUCUAUUGUGCACAACCAGACCAGUACUAAUUCUGCAGACCAACUGCAACCUCCAAUGUUCCACUCCCAAAACACCAUGGGUGUACUACAGAGCUCCUCAGUUCCUCAAGACCAGCAGUCUGCCAACAUGUUCCUCUCCCAGAGUUCCUGCAAUCCUGCAGCUCAGGAAGAACAGAUGUCAUUCUUUACAAGCCCAAAUUCCAUCUCCCCUCUCCAGACAGCAACCAACACUGAGCAGCAGUCUUCUUUCCAACAGCAGACACAGAUAUCUCAUAUCCAGAGCUCUAUGCUUCCCCAAGAACAGCCUCAGCCUCAGCCUGCCCAGCAAGGUUUGUUUCAGUCUCAAGUAUCAUUAGGCUCCAUCCAGUCUGGUUCAAUCCCCCAGAACCAACAGGGAGCAAUCUUCCAGCCUCAGCAUUCCAUGGUGGCUAUUCAGAGCAGUCCUCCAUCUCAAGAACAGCAGCAGCAGCAACAGCAGAACAUGAUGUUCAGCAAUCAGAAUGCAAUGGGUACCAUGGCUUCCCAAAAGCAGAACAUGAUUUUCAAUCCAAAUCAGAACCCAGUCCCCAGUCAGGAGCAGCAGGGCCAGUCCAUUUUUCAUCCACAGACCAACAUGGCAUCGAUGAACCAGGAGCAGCAGCCCAUGCAAUUCCAGAGCCAGACCACAGUGUCUUCUCUUCAGAAUCCUGGGUCCAGCCAGGCUGAAGCCCAGCAGCCAGCCAUCUUCCACAACUCCCCCCAGAUCCAGCUGGUCCAAGGGUCACCAAGUUCUCAAGAGCAACAAGUCACCCUCUUCAUCUCUUCAGCUUCCAUGUCUGCCUUGCAUGAAGCCAGCAUGAGCCAGCAAGAGCUGCAGCAGUCUCCCAUGUACUCUUCUCAAAACAGCAUGGCAGGAAUGCAAGGAACUGCUUCUCCUCCCCAGCAACAAGCCUCUUUAUUUCACAACACGGCAGGAGGGGCCAUCAACCAGCUGCAGAAUUCCCCUGCUUCAUCUCAGCAAACGUCAGGAAUAUUCCUGUUUGGCAUUCAAAACAACUGUGGGCAGCUGCUGACUUCUGGGCCAGCCACCUUGCCAGAGGAGCUGAUGGCCAUAAGUCAGCCAGGACAGGCAGCCAGUGAGGGACAAGCAGCAGUACCAGCUCUGCUCUCCCAGCAGAUACCAGAGACUCCUCCACUCCCUUCAGCCAUGGCAACCAACCAGAAUAUCGAGAAAAUAGAUGAUCUGCUUGUGUCAUUGCACAACCAGGGGAACAAUAUGGCUGGCUCAUUUUAAUUAGUCAGAAAUUCUGUGAAGAAAAAAGUGACGAUUUCUCUCAGACCUUCCGGCUCUGGAUUGGGCUGUGUGGAACUGAUUGCAUCUGUCAAAAAGUGGCCCUCUUCUCUAAAGAGCACACCCGUGGCCAAUGGCAGCCUCCAGCACCAAGGCUGUGACCACAGUAUUUGGGAUUUGUAGUGCCAAUAAUGCUGAGGAGCUAUGCUUUGUGUUCCUGGGGCCUGGCCUGGUCCUGGUGCCCGAUUCCCAAACCUCCUCACCAGUGGGGUGCUCUUUCAAUUUAAAGCAUAUCUGGUCAGUUAUUAUUGUUGUUAGAAGGUAAUUCAUGUUACCAUGUUUACUUUUUUGUUUGUUUGUUUGUUUGUUUGUUUUUCCCCUCCUCUUUCUUCUCUGUGUCCCCUCUUUGACUAGAAAAGCUCAUGAAGCAGAAACAUCAAAGGCCUGUGAGCUGAGCUGUUGGGAAGUGAAGGGACCGGAGGCUUUGCAGGGAGUGGGAGAGCUCCUGCUGCCAGGUAUUGACUGCAGGAGGGGGCAAGGAGCAAUUCUGCUGACUGUAACAGCCAAGCCCAGCACUGCUUGCUGCUGCUGGUGGCCAAAGGUGGGUGCUUCCCACCUGAGAAUGUCACCAGCAGUCUCUGUGUCUCCUGUGUGUAACUGUGCACAGAGCAAGGGUUGGGGAACUCUAACAAAAGUGAAGACAUGAAGGGGAACUUCCCAUUAAAUUUUGCUGUUAAAGAUCUUCUCUAACAUACCUUCAGCUUGGAAGAACAUUCUGCUUGGCCACAGAAAGAACUCCCUCUGAGUGUAGGGGUUAGGACUUGUUAGAGCUGCCCUGUCCAUUCUCUCUUCCAUUCCUUUCAUGGUUUUCCUUCACUCCCCCUCAGUUCCAUCUUGUGUUUUUUAAAAAAGGCAUAAGUAUCCUACUGGCUUUAAGGAUUAGAAGCAGCUUUUAGGAACCCAUGGCAUUACCUUGUUCAGUCAGUAGGAGCCUUGCCAAAUAAUCAAGGACUAAGGAAAGAGGAAGCAGUUUCUCCACCACCUUCCAAAUGCAGGGAUCCCCCUUAGCGUGUCAUUUCCAGCUGUUACUGGUGAUGUAAAUCUACAGCUUGACUUUACUCCAAGUAGGGGGAAAAUGACAUUUUUAAGCAUCCUUGAAAAAUUUAACUUCAUCCUGAGCUGUUGCAUCUCUGUAGCAUACUGAGCUCCUUGCAGUUUGGAAGUGAUUUAUUUUCCCUACCAAGUCCCUCAAGUCUUGUUUCUUGAUUAUCACCUUUCAGUUUAACAAAAACCAAACAAAAACAAAAAAUUUGACUGUUGUCACUAAAUGUAGAAGCAACCCACUCCAGCCCAUGCAGUUGUGUUGUUUGUGAGGCAUGUGAAUUUUUUGGGUGCUCCAACAAUUGGGAUGUGUUUCUCCUCCUGCAGGUAGGAGCUGCUGCUGCCUCCCAGCCCUGCAGCUGCCACGUCGGUUCUGCCUUGGUAGAGUGUAGCUGGUGUCACCUUUCAGUUUGUUAUUUUAAAUAACAAAUAGUCUGUAAAUGGUUUUUAAGUUACUCGAGUCUGUUUACUGUGUGUUUUCUUCCCUUAACUCCUGUGCUUAGUUGAGCUGUGUAGAGUUUUUGUUUGUUUUCCUGGUUUUCCCUGUUUGUCUGUCUGUCCUGAUGUUCACUUUCUCUUUCUGUGUCUCUCUCUUUCUCUCUCUCAGUGAGAGGCAUUGAAUUACGUUUUCAGUAGUAAGGCUUCUUGCCGAUAUGAAGGGAACUUUUCAGAAAGAGACCUGCUCUGGGUCAUUUAAUUUUGAAUACAGUUUUCAAUCGUUCAAGUUUUGGAUGGUUUAUAUCUAAUGUGUGUUUCAUUUUUUUGGAAAGCUAUAUUUUGUAUUUAGGAAAUGGUAUACUAUUUUGCUAUUUGUACUGAGUGAGUACAUUGGCAUAAAUAUACAAAUUUAUAUAUAUACAUAUAUAUAAAAUAUUCUUUUUGCCACACAUUUUUGUGGUAAAUUUGUGAGUUUGUCUGAUGUUCUACCACAACGUGGCGUCUGAUAACAGUGGGGUGGGGUGGGGUUUGUUAUGUCUUUAUUGAGUAUUUAAGUACUUUUUGCAACAUAAAUAACUUGUUCAUCUCUCGCCAUUCCAUCAGGCAAUUUAUUGUUCCAGCUGGCUAUGAGAGCUUCACUGUCUGUUUGGUGUGUCUGUCACUCAGCAGUACCAUCUAGUCAGGAAACCCACAGGCAUUUAGGCAUGUAUAAAGUAACAGGGUUUCAUUCAGAAUGAGCCAUUCAGCUUUUAUCCACUAUCAUUGUCUAUUUAAAUAUUUUAUUAUUAGCCUCUGUGUUUUAACUCUUAAUUUAUGAUUAUGCUAAAAAUGUUUAAAACUUUAAUCAUGUUAAAAAAGAAUCCCCUGCUUCAUAAUGUCCAGAGCUGCUUCAUAACUCCCCCCCCCCAGCCACACUUUUUCUUUCUGUGAUAUUUUAUUUUCUUCCUGCUAUGAAAAAAAUACUAGCAAAUAUCCUGUUAUGGUUCAUGACAUGCAGAGCCACCUGGCAGCGUUGGCUAAAUGCUGCACCAGGUGACGGAGAAGACUGAGAAUCAUGGACCCAACAACUUCCAGAUGGUUGUGGAAGUCAAUGGCCAGUUACCCAACAAUGAACUGGUGGCUUUUGCAGGACUGCAAGCCCCAGGACAAUCUGUCGGGUGUCACCUGGGGCCUUCAUACACAGAAGAAGUAAUAGGAAUGAGAAACUCACCUGUGUGCUGCUUCCCUCUGCUCCCCAAGGGAUGUGUCUGUGCUGAAGUGCUGUCGGUCAGUGCCAAGUCACUGGGGACCAAUUCUCCAUUUCACAAGCUGGGUGUCCAAAAUAGAACUUCAUCCCAAGACUGCUACAGCUCCCGGGGAAGGGUAGGUUUUGAUUCGUGUGCGUAUUUUAGGUCGCUUAUGGAGAGAGAGAGAAAAAAAAAAAAGUAAAAAAUAAAUUAAAAAAAAAAAAAAAAGGGCUGUGCUAUCACAUUUUUACUUCUGAAUAACGCCUUUCUUGUGUUAAAUUUACCUUGUUCAUUUUAGGUCAAUGUUUAAAUGUACAACACGUUGAACAUGUGAUUUGGUUACAAAAAGUAUUUGUCUUACGAAGGAAGAGACUGCUCAGCAGCCAAGGAGUGCUGAAGAGCUCCCAGGCAGGCUGCAGGCUGCCGUGGCAGAAAGACCGGGAACAGUGUGAGCCACAUCAGUAUUUUAUCAGUCCUCAACAUUGGCUUUUGUGAUUUAGCAGUUGAUGUUGGUAUUUGGAGCUUAUUCUGCUAUUUUUUGUUGUUUCAAAUCCCCGCGUUGCCUCCUCUGCACACGCCUGCUGGCCCAUCAGCUGUGAGCAGAGGGAGCAGAGGCAGUGGGAUCAGGGUGAGUCGUUUGGGUUGAGAAGGAAAACACUGAGACAUUCAUCUCCAUAAACCUAAAGUUCCUGACACUGCUACAGAGGGAAAUGGCUCUAGGAUCCCCCCUGCUGAGGAUGGUUCUGGGUGCAGCCAAACGAGUGCGGCUGGGCUGAGGUUUCUGCAUCUCCCCGGCCCUGCUGCUGGAGCAGGGGGGUUCAGUCUGCUCCCCCCAGCCCCUGGGGCUGUUCCCCUCCAGCCCCUGGGCUCUGCUCAGCAGCACCCUGUGCAGGUUGGGUCAGAACCGCCUCUUCUCAGCACAGGGAACAUCCAGGGGAGAGCAGCCUGCCCGCCCCGGCCGUGCCUGCUGCGUACGUUCUCUUCUCUGCUUAUACACUGUGUGUAUGUCUGUAUGUAUAUAUACAUGGACUGUAAGGAUAACACAAUAUGCAGUUAUGAGCUAAAACAUCUCCUCUGGUAGGAAGUUACUGGUGCUUUGUGCUUAAUUAGCAAGUCCAUGUUGCGUUACUAAUUGCCUCUUCACUGUCUGGUCUCAGGAGUUACUGGAGGGACUGUUUUGCUGUACCUUAACAUGAAGGUAAUUUGGGAAAGAAUUUCAGCCUUGCUGUUUCAAAUGGGAGGUUUAAUCACCAACCAUUUUAUUAUAGUUUCAUUUAAUUACUUACAGCGUGGUUACCUCUAUUUAGUUUUAAGAUAAAAUGAAGCACAGACAGUUAAGCAUUGUAACUUCUGCAGGUGCUUUUACUGGACAUACUGAGUCUGGGCAGCUGUAUCAGUGGACAUUCCCCUAAUUUAUAGACGCUAAACUUUUAUUUUUGUAAAGCUUCUCUUGUGAUUUGGAUUUAGGAUAUGGUUUCUAAAGAGAAAAAACUUGUCUGAAUAAGUUUUCUACUCUUACUAUGUUUGCUGGGUCCUCAGAAAGGACACCAGGCAAAUCAGAGUCUUGCAUUUUUCUUGAACUGUAGUUUAAGUCAUUGAGUAGCAGGAAAGAUGACUUAUUAAAAAGCAGAAUAAAAAAAGAAUUUGUAAAUGGACUAAAAAAGCUGAAGCUAGCUGUAGUUCCCUCCCCAAAGGGUGGGUGUGUGUGUGUGUGUGUGUAGUUACACGUUCCUCAAGCAUGAGAAUUGCCAGGGUUUGGAUCUUGUUCCUCUGUAUGGCCCAAAUGUUAGGUUGGUUUUUCAGGGUAAUAACAGCAGAGGAGGAGGACAAGGGGUACAGACAGUUACCUGAGUGUUGGAGCAAGGAGAAGGAAUUGCUUGGCAUGCUCUGAGCUGUAGGCAGAAGGUGAGAAGAGCUCUGGGUCACUGGGGACUUCUCAUUAGUGCAGAAUUUAUUUCCAAGGAGUGGUUUGUGUUCCAGGGGACUGGUGACAGCUCCAUUAUUCCAGGAGCUAAAAGGCAAAUGGCACUGAGCUGCUGUGUUUGGGCUUCCUCUCUUCAUUUGGGGUACUCUUUGUCACCACUUUGUGUGUUCAGACCAGUUAUGCCAGUUGCCUGUGCCCACUGUGGGACUGGUAGAGGAAUGGGAUUUGUGCUGGUCAGGCAGGAGGAAAAACACAGGAGGGGCUGAGCUGCUGGAUGAACGUCCUCCUGCACAAGUGUCCUCCUGCACAAGUGUCCUCCUGCACUUCUCUGAGGGCUUACAUGGAGGGGAGAGGCUUUUCCUGUCUUAUAAUCUGUAUAGGUCUGUAAAUAGGCCCUGCCUGUAUAUUCUAAGGUUAUAUAUAUGUAUAUAGAGGAAUCAUUUAUCUAUGGUAUAUAAAGAAUUAGUAGACAUGCACAUAUAAUACUGUUGUAUUUACAUUUUUAUAAACCUGAAAUAACAUACUUUUCCUUAGUAUGAGGUUAUUUACCCAGUUUGGGUUUUGUUUGUUGGUUUUUGUUUGUUUUGUUUUGUAGUAACUCAUCAAUAGUUGUAUCAACACCUUCCAGUACUGUACCUGCUGCUCAUGUUGCUCCAGAAACUUGCUCUGCUUGUGGUGUCAUCCAUACCCCCUGGCUUUUCCACCAGCUUUUUGUAUUUUUUUAAUAGAUUUUUAUAACUGUGGCAGAUGGGGUGUGAGGUUGAGGUGGCAGGGCUGGGGAGUUCAGAGCAGCACAGGAGCCUCCUGCCUCCCUCUGCUCCCCCCAGCCCAUUCCUGAUCCUGGGACCUUUCCCCUUCCCAGUCUCCCAGGGGGAUGGUGGUGGCUGGGCUGGGGCCAGCAGCUCUUACAGAGGGUUUUUAAUUGUGCUUGCAGAGCAGAGGAUCCAGCUGCUGCUCAGCUGGGGUGCUUGGGAUGGGGAAGUUGAAGUUGGAUCUGCUGUUCCUCUCCUCUCUACUCUGAUGCAGGCAGGCAUCUUGGAAUUUGUUUCCACUGACUUUGUGCUGCGACCACACCAGUAUCUACAAAAACCUCUCCUUGAAGGCUGGAGAAAGCUCUCUGUGGUUUCCAGCCAUAACGAACCUUGCCCUGACUUGUACUGGUUUCUGGCAGCCUGUGGGAGAAAUUUCAACUCUCUUAAAGAAACCCAGACUGUAAAAUCAGUAACGUGGUUUGUCCACUGUGGCUCUUGGAUGCCAGAUCAGGUGUGUGGCAGUGUGCUGAGACACGAGGCUGCGUGAUGGACAUCAUUGUCCUGGU